AGAGAUUGAUAAAUCCCAUAUCAGAUUUGUGGACACACAGGAAAAUGCUGAACCCCAUAUAGAAUAUGAUGCUAUCCCUUUCAUUAUUAUGGGCAAAAAAAUCUUGGAAUGUCACCAGGGAUAUGACAGAGACAAACGAAACAACCAAAAGAAACAAAGCAAAGCAAGAGAAGAUUCUGACCACACAUAUAGAAGAAAGCGUAGAUUGGUGCAGAACAGCAAAAAGAAAGCUUGUCCUGUUCGAAUAAAGAUUCGUCAUGUUGUGAAGUUUUCAAGCUAUUUGACUGAACAGUCCAUGAAACUGGUUAACACUUUGUGCGAAUGGCCAAGGAUGGAUCUUCCCAUAAACAAGGGAACAGGAAACAUACAAGGCUACAAUAUAGCAACUCUGUUUGCAAAAGACAUCAAAACAAAGCUGAAGGAAAUAUUGGAAUUAGAAGAGGGUGAUAAGAGGUGUUAUGAACCACACUGGAGACAUCUGCGAUGGAUUGACAGGAAUGACUUGACUGACCAUAAUGUGAUGAAUAACUCUGUGAAAGGAAUGGAAGAAAGAAAUAAACUUUUUCAUAAAGAGAGAUGGGCUGAAAUGAGUGUUCUUGUUUUAGAAGAAUUUGGCUUGUUUAAACCAAAAACAAUCAUUGGUCUCUUCAGUCCUCCAGGACAUUACCUUAGUUUGAAAAACUGCAAUAAUGGAAAGCUUAUGGCAACACUGGAAGAUGAGACAGGACAGAGAUUGAAUGAAGGAGUUAGAUACUUUAAGGAUGUAUUGCUUGUAGAAGCAAGAAUCAUUAUCGCUUCUGUUGUCAAGAACAUAACAUAUAGAGAAGCUGAAGAACUUCUCUAUCCAUUGAAAUAACAAAUUUAUGUUCCGGUUGAUUGA